GCAGGAGCCUGCGCAGUGAAGCUGGGUCAGAGUUGGGUGCAGCUCCACCGCUCCACCAGAGAAGGAAGCGGAGUUUCCGGCUGUUUGCAGCGGAGGGAGAGGAUUGCUUACGCCGCGAAACCCCGAGAAAAAACGCAGCCAGCUCGGGGGGCUAACACUUUGUAGUAUCGGUAGUGGUCGUUUGCUUUCGUAUCGGGGGAUCUGGGGGCUGGUGAGUUUUUUUUUUUUUACGAUCCGAGGAAGUUGGACAGCAAACCGAGCAAAGAAGCGGCACAAGGCGGGGGUGAGCCACCAGCUACCGGCAUGGCCAGGGACUACGAUUACCUCUUCAAGCUGCUCAUCAUCGGUGACAGCGGAGUUGGGAAGAGCAGUCUCCUCCUGCGAUUUGCAGACAACACAUUUUCAGGUAGCUAUAUCACCACGAUCGGCGUGGACUUUAAGAUCCGGACAGUGGAGAUCAACGGGGAGAAGGUGAAGCUACAGAUCUGGGAUACAGCAGGGCAGGAGCGCUUCCGCACCAUCACCUCCACAUACUACAGGGGGACGCACGGGGUCAUAGUGGUAUACGACGUCACGAGUGCCGAGUCCUUUGUCAACGUCAAACGAUGGCUACAUGAAAUCAACCAGAACUGUGACGACGUGUGCCGAAUAUUAGUGGGAAACAAAAACGACAACCCCAACUCCAAGGUGGUCGAGACGACUGACGCGCAAAAGUUUGCAGAGCAGAUGGGAAUCAACCUGUUUGAGACGAGUGCAAAAGAGAACAUCAACGUCGAAGAGAUGUUCAACUGCAUCACCGAGCUAGUGCUAAGAGCCAAGAAGGAGGUGCUCGCCAAGCAGCAGCAGCAGCAACAGAACGACGUGGUCAAACUCACCCGGAACAGUAAACGAAAGAAAAAGUGCUGCUAGCAAACUCGAAGCCAUCCACAAAAAAAAAAAAAAAAAAAAAGGCCAGCAGCGUCUUUUUUUUUUUUUUCUUCCCUCUUCACACAUGCAUAUACACAAGCUGGGACUCAUAGCAUCUAAAUUAAAGAGCAGAUAAAGAUUUAAUAAAUAUACAGUGAAAGAUGAAAAAAAAUAAAAAAAAUAAAAAGUCCCCUUUGGACAAAACUAAUCAUGAAGACUUCAAAACAAGUGUACAGAUUUUAUUAGACGUCAGAUCAAGUUUUAUUUGGAAUUCAUCAGAUGGGCACUAUUGAGCUGAGGUCCUCCUUUUGUUAAAGGAUCUGUGAGCUGACAAGUGAACGCCACAAUGCUCCGA